GGGAGAACUUGUACCUUUUUGCACUUUUUCGCAUUCUCACUCAUCAAUUUUUUGUAAAUUUUUCAAUUCUAUGUUGGUUGCCGUAAGAUUCCGACUUAUUGGAUAGAAGGUACAUACCUAGCGAAUGGGCACCGCUGACGAGACGUAUCAUGAGACUACCUAGAUAUGUCAUAGGUAUUAGAUGCUCCUUCUUUUUCUAGGCUUAGUGGGUUAUAUAUAUACUCGGGUAGGUAGGAAGGUAGGAAGAGUUAGGUUGGUGAGGACAGCCAGGAUGCCAGUAAAGGACGGAAUAGGGCCCGAGGGGCAUUUCCAAGGGGUGCCUACAAUAUUCACCACUCAGGAUCAUAUCGCCGCGGCCGCGGCAGAGACGGUUGAGGCUCAUGGUCUAGGGCUUAGUCCACGAGACCAUGCCUACGUGAUAGAAUGGACGAGCGAGCAAGCUCGCUACACGCGCCGGCACUUUCGCGAUGCUAAAGAGCUGCGCAUGGAUGUUAUAGCGCAAGGAGCGCAAGGAGCGCAACAGGAACAGCAAGAAAAAGUAAGAGGCAUGGGACGAUUAUUCGUUAUCCAAGGCCCGCCAGCGGAGUAUAUGCACGUUCUACGGGAAACGCUGGAAAUCGAGCCCCGGUUCAUCGAAGCGCACGUUCGCCGACGCAGCUACAGGAGGAGUUUGAGGACGAGACGGGGCCGGGGAGGUAGCGGUGGUGCGGAGAUCGAGUCUGUUUAUUUCGAAUACCCGGAGCUGAUGACACCGCUAGACCGUCGAGCUUCGUUGACGGAUGCUGCGGGAAGAAUCGUCGAUGGCACUGUUGGCGAGUCCCUCGUACACACGAUAUCCGCUGGUGGCGAUGCGGCCGCUUUCUGUCGUGCUUCGCUGUGGCUUGGCCCAAAGGGAAACGUACUUCUGCUGGACCACCCAUCACCUACAUUCUCACGAGGCCAAACUCUCUCAAAAAGGGACAGUGUCACUCUAUCAAACGAUGCCACGAGCAUCCAUGACGAGACACCCAGCUUUGAAACACUGCUCUACGCCAACCUAAACGAGGUGCUAUCCAACGAGUCGGGUUGGGACGUGGACUUGGCGUCCCUCGUCGAAGACAUAGCACUGCACCAAUGGACCGAGUUCUUCGAAGCGCUGCCUACCGACACAACCCCUGACGCAGCGCUGUAUCUGCAGGCCCAGAAGAGUCUGGAGCGGAGCUUAAACAUGUCCUCGACAUCUACGUCCAUAUCUACCGCGGACUGGCAAUCCUUGCUCUCUCGCCUCCUACGACGUGCCGAGCUACAACGACACCUCGGUGCCUCUAUUCAACUCCCUUCCAAGCCCUUCACCACAGCCACCACCACCACCACCAUAUCUCCCCUAACCGGCCGCCGCCGCACCACUCUCACCCCCACCUCAAUCUACCCGUACCCCACCUCCUCUCCCUCCUCCUCCGACGAGAACAAGCGCAGCCUCGACCGCGUCUCCUACAUGGGCGGCGUGCUCCUGCCCCUCUCCAUCGUCUCCAGCAUCCUCUCCAUGAGCGACCCCUUCAACCCGGGCGGGAGCCUCUUCUGGGUAUUUUGGGCCACGGGCGUGCCGCUCGUCUUCGUCGCCGUCCUCGUCAUCUACGCUGAUUCUAUUCGGAAGGCGGAGGUUUGGAUCGAGGAUACGGGGACGGGAGAGGGGGAGAAGAAGAAGAAGACUAAUAAUAAUAAUAAUAAUAAUAAUAAUAAUAGGGUCUCGACGCCGGUGCUGGAGCAGGGAAGGGUGGUGGUGGUUCCCGGGAGGGCGGCGGCGGGGGGUGGGUUGAGGAUCGCGGCGAUGGGGCCGGCUGUGGUGUUAGGGGAGGGAGGAGGUAGAGAAGAAGAAAAAGAAAAAGAUGAAGAUGAUGGUGAUGGUGAUGAUGAUGAUGAUGAUGAUGAAGGGGGGUAUGACCCGAUUAUGGAAGAGGUAUUCAGGGAGCCAGCUAUGAUGGUGGAGAAGCGGUUCCGGGACGCGAAGCAGAAGAAGUGGAAGAAGCAACAGCUUGGUUGGGCAGGUGCCUGUAUGACGGCGCUACAGCUGUACCAUCUCAAGAAGGGCAGGCCGCCGAAUUGGGCCGCUGAUGGAAGAAGACACGGGAGGAGGAUUUAAUGACACGGGCAUUAGCGAGAUACAAUUUCAUUUCAAAUUAUGAGUUAACUAUCUUAUUUGUAUUCAUAGGUAUCUAUAGAGGUUGGGGGGAGCCUCCACGGCAGUGUUUAAUCCUCGAGAGACUCGUCGUGGUUCGUGAUGCACAGUCG